AUGAGACACUCGUUUUUAUCCGGCCUCUUGGCCGCGCCACUCACCGUCCAAGCCGUCGCUCUAACCGGCUACGAGUACAUUGUCGUCGGCUCCGGCGCCGGAGGCGGUCCUCUCGCCGCCCGCCUCGCCUUGGCCGGCCACAAGACGCUGCUGAUCGAGGCCGGGGACGACUACCACACCACCAACUACACCGUCCCCGCCUACUCGGCCAACUCGUCCGAAGACCCCGAGAUCUCGUGGAACUUCUUCGUGCGCCACUACGCCGACGACGCGCGCCAGGCCCGCGACUACAAGACCACCUACGACACCCCCGACGGCCACGAGUACACCGGCCUCAACCCGCCCGAGGGCUCCACGAUCAAGGGGACCCUCUAUCCCCGCACGCAGGCCAUCGGCGGGUGCACCGCCCACAAUGCUCUCAUCGCCGUGUACCCCCACCAGUCGGACUUUGAGUACAUCGCGUCCCUCACGGGCGACGACUCGUGGUCCCCGAGAACAUGCGCAAACCGCGCCCCUGAGCAUCCCCUCGGCGACCCCCAGCUCCUCAGCGUGCUCGGCGGCGCCGCCGUCGCCUUGACCGACAUCACCGGCACGCUCGCCAACCUCGAGACGCUCAUCGCCGGCGACGCCAACGCCGACUCCGUCUCCCGCGACAAGGAGCCGGGGUACUACCAGAUCCCCUUGUCCACGCGCGAAGCCAGCCGCAUCGGGCCCCGCGAGUUCAUCCUGGCGGUACGCGACGCCACCUACGAAAACGGCACGAAAAUGUACCCUCUCGACGUGCGCACCAACGCCUUCGUGACCAAGGUCGUGUUCGACGAUGGCGACGAGGAACAGCAGCAGCUCCCGCGCGCCACCGGCGUCGAGUUCCUCGACGGAAAGCACCUCGCCACCGCCUCGCGCGAGGUCAUUGUCGCCGGAGGCGUCUACAACAGCCCCCAGCUCCUUAAGCUGAGCGGUGUCGGCCCCGCCGAUGAGCUCACCAAGUUUGGUAUUCCCGUCGUCGCCGACCUCCCCGGCGUGGGCACCAACCUCCAGGACCACUACGAGAUCAGCGUGCAGGGCCGGGCGCCCGCCAACUUCAGCGCCCUGGACGACUGCACGUUUAGCCUCUACACCGACGAGGACCCCUGCCUCGACCGGUGGAACAACCCCAUCCUCGGCGACCACGGCAUCUACUCCUCCUCCGGGCUCGCCGCCACCAUGUUCUACAAGAGCAACGCCUCUGACAACGGCGACUUUGACAUCUUUGCCUUUGGUGGUCCCGUCAACUUCCGCGGCUACUUCCCCAAGUACGCCGUCAACGCUACCGUCGAACACGACUGGUUCUCCUGGGCCAUCCUCAAGGCUCAUCCCCGCAACACCGCCGGCACCGCCAUGUACGAGGCCGUUGAGCUUGCCCGCAAGGCCUUUGCCAGCCAGCUCGUCCCCAUCACCGAGGUUCUCCCCGGCGCUGAGGUAACCUCCCAAGAGGACAUUGAGACCUACGUCAAGGACACCGCUUGGGGCCAUCACGCUUCGUCCACGUGCCCCAUCGGCGCCGAUGAUGACCCGCUCGCGGUCCUCGACUCGAGCUUCCGCGUUCGCGGCGUGCAGGGUCUCCGCGUCGUCGAUGCGUCCGUGUACCCCCGUAUUCCUGGCACGUUUACUGCCGUGUCCACGUUCUUGGUGGCGGAGAAGGCCGCGGAUGUGAUUCUCGGCGAACUUUACGAGUAA